ACGGUCCGUGGAUAUGGGCGACGUGAACCGAAGAUUGAGUAAAUGCAAAGCUAAAGCCACCUCCGACGGUUCGACCUCACGCGGACGCGGUUCUCGAGGAAGACACUCCAUCUCUUCGUUUCCUACUGUCCCAGAUCAUUUAAUCGGGGACGCUAUGACGGAUGAAGAAUUCAACCAGAUUUAUUCUGGUAGAAAAGACGCGAAUCUCCCCACUCUUGAUAGUCUAUUCGAGGAUGUUGAUGAAGCAGGACUGGAUAAUCUUGACGGGGACGAUGAGCCUACACCGCAAAGCAACGACGUCGACGUGGAGGCAGGUGAGCCCGAGACCUCUCGAG